AUGGCUUCAACAAGCCACUCGUCAGCGGCUGGUGCAAGCGCCGUUACCAACGUCGAGGAAGAGUUUCGAUCCGGACCCGGUGCUGCACCUGAGGCACUCGACGAGGAAAUGGCUGCGAACCCCACACCAACUGCCGAGCGCACACACACGCCACUCAGCAUUAACACAGCAGAAGCGCAAGACGAGUCGGAUCUCGCACCAACGUUCUUCCAAAAUAGUAGCAGCAACAACAAGAAACGUCAGAGCGGAACAAAGCCGGCAGAUACCAGCGCUAUCGCAGUCCAAGAUAGUGACCGUGAUGAUGACGACGACCUCAUGGAGCCGGACCUGCCAGGUCGAGAAGAGAGUCUCUUGGACGAGAAGAUCCGAGCUCGCUAUAUUCAAGAGAUCGGUGACAUAUUUUGA